UUAAAACAAAGUGGAUACAUUAAAUUACUAAACAUUGUUCUUUAUUUUGCAUGAAAUUGUCAUGAACUUAAAUUAUUGUUAAAUUUAAUUAUCAUUGGGUUAUACCGGGAGACUGCACCUCGGAAAGAUGUUGCAAAUUGGAAAAAUUGAUGCUGGAAAUCUGAAAAAAAACAUAAUGCUGGAAACACUACAGUCUGAUGCUCCAGAGACAACAAUCCAAGAGUGACCAUCAUCAUCAUCAUGGCUCCAUCUGUCUAAGUAGACAAUGGAUGCGCCCGUUCCGGGGCACAGAUCUGGGCGAUGAAUAUGGAGAUCCUGGGCUGCCCCGGCAUCAAGAUCCCCCUCUCGGCCUCGCAGAUGUGCUCCAAAGGAAUGCAAAGCAGUAUAUUUGGCAUCAGCUUGGCUGCAGGAGCUGCCGGGAGGUGACGUGAUACGUCAUCCAACCGCCUUGGGGGCUCCACUCCAGAUUUGUGUGCGGUUUACUCCUUAGCCUUCUCUUCUCUGGAAGAUACCCACAAAGCAGUGGGAUCCUUAACCCCGGAUAGGGGCCCAUACCGGGUACUGUCAGCCGGAGCCAGCCGAGCCUGGGAAUCAUUUAAGGCAGGGUCAUCAUGCCCUGUAGUAGUGACAUAUGGAGCCACUACCCCUACCUUCCAAGACUGACCAACCACACCUUUUCACUGAUACUCUCCAAUCAAGGCAACAGCCAGGAGAGCUGCUAAAACUAUGACUUCAAAAGUACAGUUGUUGUGCUGGGGUCAUGCUAAUUUGGGGCAGCUUGGUUUGGGUGAGGGACAUGAAAACAUAGUCAUCCAGCCCAGGACCUCCUCAUUCUUCAGCAGCAAAUCUGUGCGGGAAGUAGCCUGUGGGCGAUACCAUACGGCUUUCGUUCUGCAAGACGGAAGUGUCUACACGUGUGGCUCCAACAUCUGGGGACAGCUGGGCCAUGAGAAGUCAGGGUAUAGUCCAGAACAGGUUACCGCACUAGAUGCCCAGACGAUUGUCCACACAGCCUGUGGAGAAGCCCACACUGUGGCUGUCAAUGACCAGGGUCAAGUCUUUGCAUGGGGAGCAGGAAAGGACGGUCAGCUGGGAAUCAAUUCUACAGAAGAGACGGUCCGAAUACCAAGGUUAGUCCGGACGCUGACUGGACACAUUGUCAUCCAGGUCACAUGUGGAAGCUGGCACUGCCUGGCUCUUACCAGAGACAGUCAGCUGUUUUCCUGGGGUCAGAACUCCCAUGGCCAACUGGGUUUAGGGAAGGGAUUUCCCUCCCAGUCCAGCCCCCAGUGUGUGAAGUCUCUCUCUGGGAUUCCUCUGGCUCAGGUUGCUACAGGAGGAACACACAGCUUCACUCUGUCGCUCUCGGGUGCCGUGUUUGGUUGGGGGAGAAACAACUGUGGUCAGCUUGGACUCAAUGACAACAGAGAUCGAGAUGUCCCUAAUCAUGUGAAGUUCCUGCGGAGCCAGAAAAUAGUUUACAUCAGUUGUGGCGAUGAGCACACUGCAGCUUUAACCAAGAAUGGAGGCGUUUUCACAUUCGGAGCUGGCCUUUGUGGACAGCUAGGCCACAACUUCAGAAAUAAUGAGAUUAAUCCCCGCAGAGUCCAAGAAUUGAUGGGAAGCGAAGUCUCCCAAAUAAGCUGUGGCAGGCAACACACACUUGCCUUUGUCCCUUCUUCUGGGCUAAUCUAUGCCUUUGGACGUGGCAACAGAGGUCAGCUGGGAUCUGGACACAUGGUUAACGCUCAGGUUCCAUAUCGAGUAGCUGGGAACUGGGUAACUCAUAAACACAAGGUGCAUCCCAAUGACCAGUCGAAUUACUGCGUACUGAAACAGGUCUCCUGUGGAGGCGAUCAGAGCUUUGCCCUCUUCUUUCACUACGAGAACUCGCAAAUCCCUGAUGACUUCCGCUGUUUGGAUCCUUUAAGGCGUGUCAGGAUCAUUAACAAUAGCAAUAAUAAGUGGCUACUCAGCCUUUCAGGGAAGGAUGUGCUUAAUGAAUUGAAUGUGAUAUUUUCUUCACCUGGAUGUCUGAACGGCAGUUUUCUUAACCACCAAAAUGACGAGCAUUUCAAAACCAGCCCUCGAAACCCUGGCAUUGACUUGAAUGCAGUCAGGUUAUUUUUUGAGAACAUGGUGAAAUCUCCAUAUUGCAAGUUACUCCAACAGGUAUCUGCGACUGUAGAGAAUCGUCUCAUAUCCCAGUUACCAGCUUCACCACCUGAUGUUGAGGCCAUGAGAGCCUUUUUGAUAUUACCAGUGUUUCCUCUUUUCCAAGAGUCCAAGAAUUAUUUGACCUUUGCACUUCCCUUUGCCACUGCCAUUCUCCACCUGGAUGCCAACCCAAGCAAAGUAUUGGAUAACUGGUGGUGUUGGGUGAGUGCUGGCUACUUUAGCCGAUUGGUGGAGCUCUAUAAAGAUGCAGUGGUGUACCUGCUGACCAGAAUGAGAACUGCCCUGUUGGCUCAUUCAUUCAGCCAUUAUAUCAAUGAUGCACUUCGAGUUUUGGAAAAACUGCACAAGGUUAAUUCAAUCGCUAACCAUGUUCACUAUGAUGCGUUUUACAUCCAUGAACUCAACAAUUUGGUCAACAUUGAAUCUGAUUAUCUAUAUUGGGCAUCCCAACAUGCUGGAGUUAAAAUCCAACCAGCUAUUGCAGAGGUCCCUGUUGCUUUUUGCACCUAUCCCUUUGUUUUGAACGCUCAGGCAAAGACAAAGAUGUUACAGACUGAUGCUGCCUUACAGAUGCAGAUAGCAGUGAACAGGACCAGUCUGGAGAAUAUCUUCAUGUUGCUCACAAUGGGGCCAUUUCUGACCAGCAGCCCCUUCCUCGUUCUGCACGUUCAGCGGGAUAACCUGGUCAGCGAUGCACUGAGAGAGCUGAGUAUUCAUUCAGACGUGGAUUUGAAAAAGCCUCUGAAGGUGGUGUUUCUGGGUGAGGAAGCAGUGGAUGACGGAGGGGUGACGAAGGAAUUCUUCCUGCUGCUCCUUAAGGAACUGCUGGAUCCCAAGUAUGGAAUGUUUACCUACUACGAGCAGUCCAGACUUCUGUGGUUCUCAGAGAAAACAUUUGUGGAGUUGAACUGGUUCCACCUGAUUGGGAUCCUGUGUGGCCUGGCCAUUUAUAAUUUCACAGUGGUAGACCUUCGCUUUCCACUUGUGCUGUACAAAAAACUGUUGAAUGUGCCACCUUCCCUGGAGGACCUGAAAGAGCUCUCCCCCACAGAGGCCAGGAGCUUGCAGGAACUGUUGGAUUACCCCGAUGAUGAUGUCGAAGAAACUUUCUGUCUCACAUUUGCGACUCUUCGAGAAAACUAUGGAGUUACAGAGCUGCAGGAAUUGGUUCCAGGAGGUAAAAGUCUACCUGUGAAGAAAGAGAACAGGAAGGAAUUUGUUCAAGCCUACGUAGAGUACAUCUUCAACACCUCUGUCCAGGAACUGUUCUCUGCUUUCUCCAGUGGUUUUCUAAAGGUCUGUGGAGGGAAGGUUCUGCAGCUCUUCCAGCCCAGUGAGCUGAUGGCCAUGGUGGUAGGAAACACCAGCUACAACUGGAAAGAGCUGGAGAUGAGUGCAAUAUACAAAGCUGAUUACCAUCCUGCACAUCCGACUAUAAAAUUAUUUUGGGAGGUUUUCCAUGAGUUUCCAUUGGAAAAAAAGAAGCUUUUUCUGUUAUUUCUGACUGGCAGUGACCGCAUUCCCAUUUAUGGAAUGGCAAGUAUCCGGAUGACCAUUCAGCCAACAGCUGGAGGGGACCGCUACCUCCCGGUGGCUCAUACCUGCUAUAACCUCCUGGAUCUCCCCAAGUACCAGAGUAAAGCAAUACUGAGCAGCAAACUCACUCAGGCUAUAGACCAUCAUGAGGGUUUUAGCUUAGUAUGAGAGGAAUUCCAUUAUUUUCCUUUUCUGUACAAGGGUAUAUAUCGAUUCAAUAAGCACUUUAUUAUUAGAGACUAUUUUGCAAAAUUCAGUCUCAUUCCUUGUUUUAAAAGAUUAUUUUAUAAUAUCAUCAUUUGGCUAUAAGGGUAUGUUUAAAACACCUCUUUUUUCAAUGCUGCGGAGUAUAUAACUUUCAGCAUUAAUUUCAGUUGGAAUGUUGCCAGUUUUACUUGAUGUAUUGAAUGAGGAGAAUUGAUUGGAUGUUUGGCUUAUCAGUCUCACAAGUUUUAAUGAUGCUUCCUUGAGUUGUUGGACUCUCUGAAUGGUACACAACCAAAGAAUGGCCUUGAAUGUUAUUGGCGCUUGCCUACUUUUUUGAAAAUCUGAACACUUGCUACAAGUCAAAAGUGCAGUUGGUGGUGGCCAAACUAUACAAAAAGCAAGAGUUACACAGUGGGUCGGGCAACAUCUGUGGAGGGAAAUGGACAAUGGACAUUUCAGGUUGAGACCUUUCAUCCAGAUUGAAAGAUAGAGAAGAGAUAGCCAUGCAACCCAAAAUAUUGACUGUCCACCUCCCUUCACAGAUGCUGCCUUACCUGCUUUUUGUGUGUUGCUCCAGAUUCCAGCAUCUGUAGCCUCUCCUUUUAAAAGUGGCACAAAUAUAGGUGCCCUGGGACCAUACCUGAUAACCAGUGCGAGGUAGGCCCUUUGUAUAUGGACUUAAAGUGCACUUUUGAGGUCCUCCUUUCAACAACAUUGCGUAGUCUUGAGGUGGACAGAGAAUGAGGCUGACUUGAGCCAGUGCAGAGGCCACUGGAUGUUACUGUCAAUAACUUGGUUAGGUAAAGACUGGCCUGAAUGUGAAGGAAAAGAGAACUGCCUGACACUCGCAUACAUUGCCACUGCUUCCAUGGCCCUGCUCAUCACCGACAUGCACCUUCAUAACCCCGAGCUCCUGCUCCUUUGCUGACUUAUCCAGCUUCCGCCUGUGAUGUCUCAGAGCAGUGUGGCUCAUGUGAAUGUGUUUGUCGCCCCAGUCUCGAGACCACCUUGGACCCACCUUCCCAGGCCGCAGGGUAGCUGUAGGGUGGUAGACACGCAAAAUCUGGACUUGGGCGCUGGUGGUUCCAGGAGUGGAUUGCCAGGAUGUCUCAGGGAGUUACAGCCUCUCACCUCUACACCACACCUAGUGCCAGGGCGGAGGGUGAUGAAGAAAAUGCACGAAAAGCAGUGGGUUUCCGCUCCCCUGCAUCACCUCAGUUUCUUGCAGCCACACUGCACUCAGUCUCCAAGGACCGAUUCGAUUCCCCAUGUACUGCACCAGACCAUCGAAAGAUUACUUAUCAUUACAUUUAAAGUGCAGCUUUUAACUAAGCGCUGUGGAAUUCUUAAUUGUAAAGGGAAAAUAUCUGUAUGUGAACACAAUAUAAUAAGCUGCCUUUAUUCUGUUUUCAUGGUGUAACAAAUGCUUUUUGAGUACAACGUAACAGCUGCAUUAAGAGCAUGUUUGGAACCCUUUGUCCUAUUAUACAAUGAAAUAGUAUCUGAUGCAGCUAAUUGCAGCCUCACUGAAAUCUUUGCAAAGUAUGUUCAGUGUUUGUACAGAUCUUUUAGUUAGAGAGGACUUGAGUAGAAUUGUGACCUAUUUCUGUCUUUCACGGCCAGAUUAGUUACUGUUUCUUUCUACUUUCUGAUUUUCCACAAGAUAAAGCUCCUGAUUAAAAUCUGGCUGUCAGUGUGUACUUAUUUUUAACAAUGUCAGACUUUUUAAACAAUAAAUAAAGCCAAAAAGUUUGUUGCUCAGUUUUCUAGAUAUACUUCUCCUGUUGGAUUUUCAUUUUCCUUCGACAAGUCAAGGUGCAAGAGCUCAUAGCAUAUUCAAAUGAGAGU